AUGAGACUGCUGCAGCAGCUCCGGCAGAAGCAGUUGAUUGCAGCAGCAGCAGCAACAGCAGCAGCAGCAGCAGCAACAGCAGCAGCAGCAGCAGCAGCAGCUGAGACGAUGACAUCUGAUUGCCCCGUGCUCUUCACGGACGUCAUCUGCAGCCGAAGACAGCAGCAGCAGCAGCAGCAGCAGCAGCAAGAGCAGCAGCAGCAGCAACAACCGCUAGAACAGCAGCAGCUGCUGCAGCAAACUCAGCACGAGGAGCAGCAGCAGCAGGAGCAGCAGCAGCUCGAGCAGCAGCAGCAGAGCCACAAGCGCGAAGAACAACAGCAGCAACAGCAGCAAGAGGAGCAGCAGCAGCAACAGCAGCAAGAAGAGCAGCAGCUAACAGCAUCGGGAUGA